AUGACAUCUUGGGUCAAAUGUUGCCUUGAGCGGGGUAGGCUAAGGCAACGUCGAAAGGGAAACCAACAGUUAGACGAACGAUAUGGGGAUACAUCCAUCAGCGGCCCAAUGGAUGGAGGAUGGAAUCAACUGCCAUCGUAUUCAUCCGAAAAACGCUCCGCUUCAGUUCCAGCGUCGAGUGCUGGCUCGAAACGCCAAAGAGAGGCGACCACAGACCCCCGGCAUGGCUAUUUCAACUCUUGUUCCGGCACCCAGCCUUUCACGGCUCAUCCCAAAGAAUUAACUAGCGAUAAAUGCAAGAGGUCCCCAGAUUUUCUAUACAAACCCGCCAGUGAAAAAUUCUUUGAGGAUAUGGCGAAAAUUGGAAAACCACGACAUCCUCCACCUUCCUCGAUUUCUAACAGUGACAAACAUCGCCGCCAAUUUUCUACAAAUAGUGCCAGUAGCUCUCUCGAUCCAACCUCGCCCGCCGAAAUACCCUGCCAUCCUUCCUAUCAGAAGAACAUGCUCCUCCACCGUUCACCAUCGCCACAAUUAUGGUCCAUACCUUCUUUACAAAGACAAUCUCUAAGUCCAAAAUUAAGCUCCGUGGACAGUCCUGCUUUGUCGUACCAUUCAACAUUGGAGGAAGAAUCGUACGAUCUCAAAAAUGAAGAAGCUAUAAAAUAUACAUCUCCACCGAUGACCAAACUACAGCCGAAAAAGCCAAAACGGACUAUCACGGAUGAAUUGGUUCCUUCUACUACAGAUUUAUUCGGAUAA